AUGAUAAAUCCUCAGUAUGUACUUAAAGGACUUCAGAGACAAGGGGAAGUCACAGCGUUGCUGAGGAAGCUGAAGCAGCAAUCCAGGGAGACAGUGGAGGACAAGAGGCCCAAGCUGCUCAAAGCCCUGAAAGAACUUGGAGACUUUUACUUGGAGCUUCACUGGGACUUCCAAAGUUGGGUGCCUUUGCUCUCCAGAAUCCUGCCUUCAGAUGCCUGUAAGAUCUACAAGCAGGGCCUCAACAUCAGAUUGGACACUACCCUGAUAGACUUCACAGACAUGAAGUGUCAGCGUGGGGACCUCAGUUUCAUCUUCAACGGCAACGCCAUCCCUUCCGAGUCCUUUGUUGUGCUGGACAACGAGCAGAAGGUUUUCCAGCGGAUACACCACGAGGAGUCUGAGAUGGAGACGGAGGAGGAAGUGGACAUCCUGAUGAGCAGCGAUGUUUACUCGGCCACUCUCUCCACCAAGUCCAUCACCUUCUCCAGGGCGCAGACCGGCUGGCUCUUCAGAGAGGACAAGACGGAGCGAGUGGGAAACUUUCUGGCAGAUUUCUACUCUGUGAACGGCUUGGUGCUCGAGUCCAGGAAGAGACGGGAGCAUCUGAGCGAGGAGGACAUCUUGAGGAACAAAGCCAUCAUGGAGAGCCUGAGCAAAGGAGGGAAUAUCAUAGAGCAGAACUAUGAGCCGGCGAGGAGGCAAUCUCUAACGGCCCCCUCACCCAACACCAUAUCCUGGGAAGAAUACAUCAGUGCUGACAACGGAAAAGCUCCACAUGUGGGAAGAGAGCUGGUCUGCAAAGAGAGCAAGAAGAACUUCAAAGCCACGGUAGCCAUGAGUCAAGACUUCCCUCUGGGCAUCGAAUCGUUAUUGAAUGUUCUGGAGGUCAUUGCACCCUUCAAGCACUUUAAUAAACUCAGGGAGUUUGUUCAGAUGAAGCUCCCCCCCGGCUUUCCUGUCAAACUGGACAUCCCAGUGUUUCCCACCAUCACAGCCACCGUCACGUUUCAGGAGUUUCGCUACGAUGAGUUCGAUCAGACCAUUUUUACCAUUCCCAACGAGUAUAAAGAAGACCCUAGCCGCUUCCCUGACCUUUAACAUCUCAAGCAGGAACAGGAAAAGAAACGUGCGACAAGGCAACAUCAUGCUACAAGACAUACUUUUUUAAAACUAAAAAGGAAAAUAAUUCCAUCGCCCAUCCCGUCCCUGAACACAAACUGCAACGAGUUUUACAUCAAGACAGCUGCUGCAGAGAGGUCGACAUCGCCUCAUAAUAACAGUGUUUUAAAAGCUCAGUGUUACAGUACUCACAUUCAGGUGGGUUUAAUCCCAGUCACAUCAAUUAAAGGGCAUUGAAUUUAAACUGGGUUUUCUGUAAACGGGGUAUAAGUACAGUUCAGUUGAUGCUAUGUAUUUAAGUGUGUAAGUAAUGUUUAUAAAGGGAAUUUGUUUAACUGACAUGUAAUAAAGCAAUGAUAUUACUGUGUAAGAUUUUGGGGAGGGAUUCUGCCAAAAAUGACUUUUAGGGUCCUUUUUCUGGCUUCAGUAGACCUUUAUAAUUUGUUACAGGUCUGAAAGAUGCUCCAAAAACAGAUACAAUUAAAAUCAUUAUUGGGAAUUGAGUGAAAUUCCUAAGAAUCAGUUUUUGCAGAAUUCCUUAAAUUGUGUGCGAGUGUGUGUAACAUCGAUUUUAUUGAGCGUGGAGUAGCAUCACUGAACCUUCGGGCACAAUUUAGAUCCACUACAUUCAGUUGAGUUCAUAAACUUUUCUGUGAAACCCAACACUUAAUCCUGCUUUUUAAAAUAUUAUAGUUUCAUUUUGGCAACGCUACAAAUGCUGCAAUUUCUGUGGUAAAUAAACGUUUUUUUAUUUGUUUGAGUGGCAGCAAGUGUAGGUAAUGAAGUCUAAGCCUUUUGUUUCAUACUACACCUUUGUAAACUAUACAAACUGUACAAUCUUGCUAAGGAAGGGGACUGGGGAUUGUAUAGCAAGAAGAUAUUAGGAAAUACAAGACUGUCUACAACAUUCAUGCCAUUUUUACACCUAACAAGAACCAGGCUUUUCCCCUGCACAAUAUGUAAAUACAUGUUUUAUGAGCUUUUGUCUUUUACGUUCUCUUUUAUUAUUCUUUGUGCUGAUGAAUUUAGGGAGACUUGUGGAUUUUUUUUUUUAUGUAGCGUCACAAGUUAAUCAAGAAUUUGUUGAUUUGUAAAAUGGUGGCAGUUGUGAUUUUGUACAUACUUGUAAUGUUUUAAAGGACCAGUGAAUCAC